AAAUAGAGGGUGUGACUAAAAAGUAAAAAUAUGGAGAUUUUGAGUUCUACAAAAAAUAUGUUGUUGAUGAUGAUGAUGAGUGCUAUGAUGUGGAACAUGGCAAAAUCUGAUUUAAUCUAUGUUGGAGGUAGUAAGGGUAGUGGAUGGGUACUUGGUAAUAACUUGACCAAUUGGUCAUUGAAUCAGCACUUUCAUUUGAAUGAUUGGCUAUACUUUGGAUAUGAAAAAGAUAAACGCUAUUUCAAUGUGCUAGAGGUGAACAAAACAAGUUAUGAAAACUGCAUAGAUGCAGGAUUCAUUAAGAAUGUAACCGGAGGCGCCGGACGAGACGUUUUUCAGCUGACAAAUAAGAAGACUUAUUACUUUAUAAGUGGAGGAGGUUACUGUUGGCACGGGUUGAAGGUUGCCAUUCAUGUUAAAGAUUCUGUUGCACCAGCUCCUGCACCUAAAUCUCACAAAAGUGGUGCUUCUGCUUUAGAUGCUUCUAAUAUCUACCAUUCACUUAUGGUGCUCAUCUUAAUCUUGUUGUGCACCAACUUCUUGGGAUAAAUUUCAGAUAUUAGAAUUUGGCAUAAAUUGAAUUUAGCUAUAGUGUCAGCUGAUAUUUGUUGGUUUUCUUUUUA